CGGGACCAGGCCCAGCCAGCCCGAGAGGGCGCCUGGAGGGUGUGCGCGCCCUGGACAACGAGGGUGCGCCAGCCCGGGGGUGCGCGCCCGGGACGCAGACUGUGCACCCGGCGGCUGCGUGCGCCUCGAAGCUGGGGUGUGCGUCUAAGCAGCGUCGGCCGGAGCACCCCGAGCCGCCUGAGGUCAGACUUCUGCAGCUCGCCAAGAACCCUUCAACCAAUUUUACGGACUCAUCGGAUGAAAAGUACCUGAGAGACUGAGGGUCAGCCACAUCCCCUAAGAUGGAGAAGACAGAUGCCAAAGACCAGUCCUCCCAGGGAGAUGAAGAGAAAGGCCCUCCAAAGAGCCACCCCUACUCGGUAGAGACCCCAUAUGGCUUUCAUUUAGACCUGGACUUCCUGAAGUAUGUGGAUGACAUCGAGAAGGGGAACACCAUCAAAAGGAUUCCAAUCCACAGAAGGGCCAAGCAGGCCAAGUUUAGCACUUUGCCAAGAAACUUCAGUCUUCCCGACAGUGGGGCUCGCUUCCAUGCAGCUCUUUCCCACCAAAACUGGUCUCCAGUGGUGCCCAGGAAGGUGUCUCUUGGGACACAGGGGCAAAGCCAGUCGCUGCCUCUUGCUCCUCAGGCCUUGGCUGGUGGGAGUGAGGUGAGCUACCAUAGGAAAGCCCUGCUGGCAGAGGCCGCCAGACAGGUAGAGGCUGCUGCGGUGGAGGAUGUGGAGCUGGCCCCCGGAAGUGGACGGCCCCAGCUUCUGAGAGCGUCCAGCAUGCCAGCCACGCUGCUGCCGAACAGGGCCUCAGAGGAGGCAAGCCUGAGCUCAGGUGCCCCCGGGCCUGCUGCGUUUCCCCCACUUCAGGGUGAAAGUGGAGUCUGGGACGGCUCCUUCCACCUGGCAGAAGGAUUUGCAGGUUUUCAGAGCUGCAGCCCACAAGCAUAUACCCAACCGGAAGUCAGAGAGUUUGGAGCCUUGGUGCCAGGCAUUCCUGAGCUGGCCCGGGAUGGGGCUGAGACCUCAGAGGGUGAAGUAAAGGCCCUGGAUCACCUAAAUCUCCCAAGCCCGCCUUCUUCAUUCCAGAAUGCCCUUGUGGUUCUAGAGGAUGGAGAAGACGAGCCCGAAGCCAGACAGGCAGAGGUGACGUUCAGCCCUGGCACUCCAACUCCCAGCCCCCCACCUCUGCCCUCACCCAUCCCUGAGAAUGAGCUCCCCCUAGAGGAAAUUGAGCUCAACAUCAGUGAGCUCCCUCCCCCGCCGCCCAUAGAGUUAGACGUGAGAAGCAUCGGCAUCAGGGUGACAGAGGAGAGCCUGGGUCUCGCUGGCGCUGGCGGGGAUGCUGGCAGCCUCUCCAGCCUGGAGCAGCAGGUGUCCGCCUUGGAGGGCGAGUUGUCAGGAAGAACUGAGGAACUGGCCCAGGUCAGGGCUGCCCUCCAGCAGCAGGAAGAGGAAGUCAAAGCUAGGGAGCAGAGGAUUCAAGAGCUAGAGUGUGUUGUAGCCCAGCUGAAAGAAAAGCUUAGCCAAGAUAAUGCCGCCCAAGCUGCUCAGGGCCUGAUCGAUGCCAGCGUGAACACCGACCCACUCCAUGGACUCUUGACCAGGGAGUCAUGUGACAAGAGCAUUGGUGUCAACCUUCUGGGUAUCACAGAGUCUGAAGGCUGGGAGGCCAGCGGAGAGGAGAACGGCCUUCUAUGGGGGCAAGAUGGUCACAGACAAGGCGAUCGGAGCCCAGCAGAACGUGCGCAACCAUCCCAGCUGUCACUGCCACAGGGACUCGAGGAGGUCCUCACCUCUCCUUUCCACAGCUGCCUGUCCACUGAACUCAGGAUCGAAGAAACAGGCUCUGAGCAAGAGGGAGGGUUGGAAGGCCUGGCGAGGGGUACAGGAGAGCCAACCUGGAGCAGCCACAGGGAAGCCCCUCCAGCAGGGAAGGGAGAGGCCAGCUCAGAGCACCUAGGGAAGGAGCGCCCAGGAAAGCCACCAAGCUCACCCACAGAUGCCACGAUUGGGCAGUACGUGAAGAAGAUCCAGGAACUUCUGCAGGAGCAGUGGAGUUGCCUGGAGCACGGGUACCCCGAGCUGGCCAGUGCCAUCAAGCAGCCUGCCUCCAAGCUCAGCAGUAUCCAGAGCCAGCUCCUGAGCUCCCUUAACCUGCUGCUGUCUGCUUACUCGGCCCAGGCUCCGCCUCAGAAGGAGCCCCCUGCCCCCUCCACCUCCCCACCAUUGGAGAUCUCCCCGUCGACCAGCCUUAAAUCCAUAAUGAAAAAGAAAGACUAUGGCUUCCGUGCAGGAGGUAAUGGGACCAAAAAGAACCUUCAGUUUGUUGGGGUUAACGGUGGCUAUGAGACCACCUCAAGUGAGGAAACCAGUGGUGAGGACAGCUCCCCAGAAGACUUUUCUGACAGCGAGGCCGAGGGGAAAUGUGAUGGCCCAGAACACAGACGAAGCAGGGAUGCCCACCCCAGCAGCGAGUCUGGACAAGGGAUCUUUGAUGGCACCCAACACACAGGCCAGGAGAGUGGGCCUGGGGAGGAAGCCUCCCAUUCCAAGGCUGAGAGAUAUAAACCCUCGGAAGAAUUUCUUAAUGCAUGCCGGGCACUGAGCCAACAUCUGCUGGAAACUGGGACCCCCACCGACCAGCUCUUGAGGCAGAGCUUGAACGCCAUCAGUCAAGAGUGGUUCCGUGUCUCCAGCCGGAAGUCAUCCAGCCCUGAUGUGGUGGCCGCCUACCUCCGGGGGGUCCAGCCUCUCUCCCCACAGUUCCUGAAGCUGCUCGUCAACCUGGCUGAUCGCAAUGGGAACACAGCCCUUCACUACAGCGUGUCCCACUCCAACUUCUCCAUCGCGAAGCUGCUGCUGGACACAGGCGUCUGCAAUGUGGACCAUCAGAACAAAGCUGGCUAUACUGCUGUCAUGAUCACUCCCUUGGCUUCUGCAGAGACCGAUGAAGACAUGGCUAUUGUCUGGAAUCUCUUAAGAGAAGGAAAUGUGAACAUCCAAGCAACUCAGGGAGGCCAGACUGCGCUGAUGCUGGGAGUCAGCCACGACCACGAGGACAUGGUCCAAGCGCUUCUGAGCUGCCAGGCAGAUGUCAACCUGCAGGACCACGAAGGCUCAUCGGCCCUCAUGCUGGCCUGUCACCACGGCAACGUGGACCUGGUGCGGCUGCUCCUGGCACACCCAGGCUGUGACAGCAGCCUGACUGACAAGGCCGGCCGCACAGCCUUGUCCAUCGCUCUGAACUCACCCACCCACGUGGAAAUCGCAGGGCUUCUGCAGGCCCACGCGGAGCAGGGCAGGUCCCUGGGGCUGUAAGGGGCGGCAGAAG